UGCCUCGUACCUGGGGGCUGCUGGGAGUUGCAGUUCCCUGAGCCCGACCCCCCCGCCCCGGGCCGGCGGGCCCUCCUAGUCCCGACAUGCUCUGCGCCUCCUGCCGCCUCCUAGUGGCCUGGGCCGCGACCACGCUGCCCGCCCCGCCCCGAGCCCGGGGCUCCGCGCUCCGCUGCAGUGGAGGGAGUUGCAUUUCCCGGGGUACCCCGAGCUGCCCUCCUGUGACUCCUUGGCGGGGCGGCUGGUCAGACAGAGUGUGCCUCCGGGCCGGAGGGCGACCUGGAGGAGGGGGAGGAUGCCGCCGGCCACGGGCGGAGGCCUGGCAGAGUCCGAGCUGCGUCCCCGGAGGGGCCGCUGUGGGCCCCAGGCUGCUAGGGCCGCAGGCCGGGACGUGGCCUCCGAGGCUGUGGCGCGAAGCCCGAAACGGCCUGCCCGGGGCUCGCGGCGCUUCGAGGCGGCCGGCCGGUGGGCCCUGCUGGCCUUGGUGACGCUGCUGUCCUUCGCCACCCGCUUCCACCGCCUGGACGAGCCGCCGCACAUCUGUUGGGAUGAGACUCACUUUGGAAAAAUGGGAAGUUAUUAUAUCAACCGUACAUUUUUCUUUGAUGUGCACCCGCCCCUGGGAAAGAUGCUGAUAGGUCUUGCUGGCUACCUGAGUGGAUAUGAUGGUACCUUUUUGUUCCAGAAGCCUGGGGAUAAAUAUGAGCAUCACAGCUACAUGGGAAUGAGAGGAUUCUGUGCAUUUCUCGGCUCCUGGCUGGUCCCCUUUGCCUACCUCACUGUACUGGAUCUGUCCAAGUCCCUCUCGGCAGCACUGCUCACUGCUGCCCUCCUCACCUUUGACACGGGAUGCCUCACUCUGUCCCAGUACAUCCUCCUUGACCCCAUCCUGAUGUUCUUCAUCAUGGCUGCCAUGCUGAGCAUGGUCAAGUACAACUCCUGCGCCGACAGGCCCUUCUCUGCCCCCUGGUGGUUCUGGCUCAGCCUGACUGGCGUUAGUCUUGCUGGUGCUUUAGGGGUCAAGUUUGUUGGCCUCUUUAUCAUCCUUCAAGUGGGGCUGAACACCAUUGCAGACCUUUGGUACCUGUUCGGAGACCUCAGUCUUUCAUUGGUGACUAUGGGAAAACACCUGACUGCUCGUGUCCUGUGCCUCAUAGUGCUGCCCCUGGCUCUCUACACAGCCACCUUUGCUGUUCACUUCAUGGUGCUGAGUAAAAGUGGCCCUGGUGACGGUUUCUUCAGUUCUGCCUUCCAGGCCCGGCUUUCAGGGAACAACCUGCACAAUGCUUCCAUCCCUGAACACCUGGCCUACGGCUCUGUGAUCACUGUGAAGAACCUCCGGAUGGCCAUCGGCUAUCUGCACUCCCACAGGCACCUCUACCCCGAGGGCAUUGGUGCCCGUCAGCAGCAGGUCACCACCUAUUUGCACAAGGACUACAACAACCUGUGGAUUAUCAAGAAACAUAACACAAACUCAGAUCCCCUAGACCCUUCCUUCCCAGUGGAGUUUGUAAGACAUGGAGACAUUAUUCGACUAGAACACAAAGAAACUUCUCGGAACUUGCACAGUCACUAUCAUGAGGCCCCCCUGACCCGGAAGCACUAUCAGGUCACCGGCUAUGGCAUAAAUGGAACAGGGGACUCAAAUGAUUUCUGGCGGAUUGAGGUUGUAAACAGAAAAUUUGGAAACCGGAUCAAAGUGCUGAGAAGUCGAAUUCGCUUCAUCCAUUUGGUCACAGGUUGUGUCCUGGGCUCCUCGGGAAAGGUUCUGCCCAAGUGGGGCUGGGAGCAGUUGGAAGUUACUUGCACCCCAUACCUGAAAGAAACCCUCAACUCCAUCUGGAAUGUGGAGGACCAUAUCAAUCCCAAGUUGCCAAACAUCAGCCUGGAUGUGCUGCAGCCCAGUUUUCCUGAGAUCUUGCUGGAAUCCCACAUGGUCAUGAUCCGGGGGAACAGUGGCCUCAAACCCAAGGACAAUGAGUUCACGUCCAAACCCUGGCACUGGCCUAUCAACUAUCAGGGCCUACGCUUCUCAGGGGUCAAUGACACAGAUUUCCGAGUCUAUCUGCUUGGCAACCCAGUGGUUUGGUGGCUGAAUCUGUUGAGCAUCGCCCUCUACCUCCUCUCAGGGAGCAUCAUUGCUGUAGCCAUGCAGAGAGGGGCACGGCUGCCAGCAGAGGUUGCAGGGUUGUCCCAGGUCCUGCUGCGAGGAGGCGGCCAGGUCCUGCUCGGCUGGACACUCCAUUACUUCCCGUUUUUCCUGAUGGGCCGGGUCCUCUACUUCCACCACUACUUCCCAGCCAUGCUCUUCUCAAGCAUGUUGACAGGCAUUCUGUGGGACACCCUCCUGCGGCUCUGUGCCUGGAGCUUGGCCUCAUGGCCCCUGGCCAGGGGCCUACACAUGGCAGGAAUCCUGAGCCUGCUCCUGGGAACUGCCUACAGCUUCUACCUCUUCCACCCUCUGGCUUACGGGAUGGUUGGUCCCCUGGCCCAGGACCCCCAAAGUCCUAUGGCAGGACUAAGGUGGCUGGACUCGUGGGACUUUUGAGGCCACUGCAAAGAUUCCAGCCUGGAUCUAAGAACUUCCCAGGAGAGCCAGCUGGGGAGCAGUACUGGACCCUUCCAGCUGUGAGGAAGCUGCCUAAGGAGCCCCAAGAAUUCUGCUGCCCACCAGGACCCAGCUCUGGGAGUGCAGCUGGAAUGGAAUCCAGCACUGGAGAGAGCCGGGAGAGAGCCGCAGCUCUGUCCACAGCACCACAGAGAGGACAGCGCCUCUUGGGCUGCUCCCUUGUGCACAGCACAGGGGAGGAUGGGUGCCAGACGGUGGGAGUGGGUGCGCGUGUGUGUAUGUGAGGGCACAUUGUCCAUAUCCCUGUGGAAUACAGACCGUGUAACUGGACAGCUGAGUGUCAUAAACUCUGAAAUAGUCCAGGCUAUAGUAAUAUUUUCUGGGUUAUUUUCAUGUUGGAUUUCUUUGGUUUUGGUUUGUAAGAUCCAUCAAAAAUUCUCAGAGCUCUAAGAGGGCCUUGAGGGCAGAGAAUACUGACCUCACCUUGGGAUGUCACCAAAGGCAGAGCAGAUGGGACUGUCAAAGUUAUGCUGCCCUCCCUCCCACAAACAAAUGAAUCCAGCGUGGAGGAAGGCGCGCCGCCCCGAGCUGGAGGGCCUGGCUCCCACCAUGCACCCCAGUGGCUGCAGGUAGCUGGACUUCCUGCCUGUGACACACAGAGAGCAGCGGACUCUGGAGCGUCGGCCUACCUUAGCCCUUGGUUCCUCGUUUUUUGGGAUUGUCACACUGUGAGACUCAGGGGAGGAACGAUGUCCUAUCCUGGGCUGCUCAGUGUUUCCAGGCCCCGUGUGCCAGAGGCCAAGUCUUCACAAGUGCAUCUGGCGUGGCCUGGAGGGCAAGGCAGAUGCAUUCUCCUGGCUGCUGGGAGAGCCUGUGGGAACCUUGCUUAGUGCCCAAGGUAGAUGAGAGACAGGGCAGGGAAUCUGCGUGGUGCUGGGGUGUGGGGACUCUGGCCUCUCUAGACUAAUGUUCCUGUCACCUGCUGAGCUUUCCCAGUGUCACUUCUGCAGUCCUCCUCUGCUCACCCUUCCCUCACUCCGUGGGCAAUUCCCUUUCUCUCUGUCACUGCUUCAGCAGUGAAGACCCAUGGCACCUAGAAAUACAUGCCAGUUUCCUGUGUCUACCACUCUGCAGCUCGAACAAGAAGCUCAGAGCUGCCCCUUCCACUUCCUCCCCAAAAGGGAUGAAGAAAACCCUGUGGUAGAACCAAACCACCCAAGGCCAGCCCUUCAGCCUGCCUCCGCCUUCCUGGUGCAUGACAAAAUAUUUCUUUUGUCUCAGAGGACUUUGAUGCUUCAAGAUUUAAUGAUGAAUCUGCCACACUCCAUUUUCCCUCCUCUGUAGCUCCCAACAACUCUGACAGGGUCAGAUCUCUUUAAAGCAUCUUCGGGAGGCGGUUGCCACGGAGACUGGAUAUUGGUCCCAGGGACAGGCUGUGCUACCUACUGGGUGGUGGGGAGGGAAGCUUCUGGCCAUGCUUGGACAUUCAGACUAACGAUCAUUAAUGUUAAUAGAGGAAAUGCAGCAACGUCAAAAGCAAGGCAGGUUGGUUAAUUAGAUCUGGGGCCUGAUGACCUCCCUUUCCCACGGCUACAGCCCUUUCGACUUCCCCCAGCAGGAAGCGCUGUCUGCGGCUGAGUCUGGGCUGCUUGCUUAAUUGCAUUUCUGGCAGGGAAGGAGAGGAGGGAUGGAGAAGCUCUGCUCCCUGCUUCCACCUCACCAUGUGUCCUCCCCUCCCCUCCCUUCCUCUCCUCCCCACAGGCAGAACUGCUUUCUUCGGAGCCGGGUGGGCUCUCCUGCAGGGAGAAUGCAGGAGUCUGUGCUUGGCUCUUAGCAAAGCAGGCGGCCCAUAGUCACCUCCAGGAGGUGGCUGAUUUUCCUUUGUGCCUUCUUAUUUCUCGGUAGGAACUUGGAAGGCAGGAGAUCUGAAGGAGCCAGAGGGGCAGCCACCUUGCAUGAGGGUGAGGAAGGAGAAGCCCGGCCAGCCUCUACCCAUCCCUCCCUCCCAGUUAGGCUGCACUAGGGCCAAACGCUUCCCUGGGCUCCCACUGCCUUCUAAGGAGCCAAGGAGAAUUCCCUGCCCACUUUCUGUUCCUGCAUGCCCAAACUGGCAGAUGCUUCUCUGGGGGCAAGCCACAUGGGCUGAUGCAGCUUUGAGUGCUCAGGUUCUGUUUUCUGAAAGAUGCUGGAGAAAGGCUGUCAGGGUGCUUCUCUGAAUAUGGACUUUGAGUGCUCAGGUUCUGUUUUCUGGAAGAUGCAGGAGAAAGGCUGUCAGAGUGCUUCUGUGAAUAUGGGCUUCAGCCGUAGCACUUGGCAGAAACGUGAUGUGUCCCACAAACUGCUGGUGGAGGAAGAAGAUGUUCAUCAGCCAGUUCAACCUCCAGCCAGCUUCUUGAGCCUAUUAUUUGGUUUAAAAAAAAAAAAGUCUUCUAAUCAGAAGCCACUGAUUUUAUAAUAAAUAGCACUUGUUUUGAA